UUUUUUUCCUUUUUUUUGUUUAAUAGUAUUGUAUUGUCAUGUUAUUCUAUCAAACCACCAAAUUACUAAAAGCUUGUGAUCCCCAAUCAUCAUAGAGUAAUUUGAAAAGUUGUUCGCUGAUUUUACAGCAAAACCAACAACAAUUUUAUUACUGUAUUUCUUUUAUCAUCAACAACAAAUCUUGGUGUAAUCUUUGUUUUAUCAUCAAUGAACAGCAUCCUGAAUGAUUACUAUAUAAUUACUGUAUUUCAUUAUAUACUAUACUGUAUUGCAAGAUAACCUCAAUGAUUUAAAAGAAUGAAACAAGAAAAGAAGCAGCAGGAGAACAAAAGCGUUGGGUUUUGUUGAUUACUACUCCACUAAUAUGGAGAGAGAGGCAAGAGAACAAAUGCGUUGGGUUUUGUUGAUUACUACUCCACUAAUAUGGAGAGAGAAGCAAGAGAACAAAAGCGUUGGGUUUUGUAGAGAGAGAGAGAGAGAGAGAGAGAGAGAGAGAGAGAUUAGGCAGGGCGGAAAUACCUAAUUUCAAUUCAGCAGCAUCAGUAUUAGCAUUUUGCAGUGACAAGAUUAGCGGUAGUAUUUGGAAAGAGCAGGGGAAGGGGGGUGGUUCCUUCUCGCGCUAGGCACGCCUCAAGUCGUAAUCAUAUUCAACUGCGCUUUGUUUGUCCUGGUCCCCCCACCUGGCCCCCACAACUCCAGCAAUGAGCAACCCCAUUUAUACAAUCCCAACCUACCCUAACAAUCGAUCUAAUCUUCAAUUUAAUUUUUAUGUUCCUUCCCCUGUGUUUAUUCUGCAAUUUUAAUUACCAGUAGUGUAGAAGUAUUUGUUUUCAUUUCAUUUCAUUUCAUUUCUUGUUUGUUUUGUUGGAUGUAGGCUUCUGGGUUUGACACACAGCAACUGGCCAACUGUUGGCAGAAACCUCCAUACAUCAUAAUUACAGUCAUUAUUAUAGAUCGUUUUUUAUGGAUGGACCAUUACAGAUCUCUCUCUGCUUUGUCAUACCCUUUUUUUUUAUAGGAUAGGAGAAAUCGUUGACAUCGUCCACCCACUUCAGUUUUCAACUGGUACUAAGAGGAUUGAUACCAAGAAUCAGGGGGGGAAAUGUUUCUAAUGAAGAGGGGCUCGCCUCAAAAUACCCUUUCUACGCGCUCAAGCUCGCAGAGUACUUCAGAGAAUGGCAUGCUUCCCACGGAUGUGCUCAAUGUGUCAUCUUCUGGGCCUUCCUGCCAUUUCAACUCUGCACAGGCUCGACAGUUAGAGAGGUCAGUUAACAAGACUACUUUAUGUCGAGAACCAGAGAAGGCACCAGGUUAUAGUAACAUUGCUUGCAAUUCUACAAAAGUCGCCCCAAUUAUGAAGUCUUCUGUGGAACUGAUGAGGGAAAUUACCUCACUUGAGGUUGAAAUUAUGCAUUUGGAACGAUAUCUUCUUUCACUCUACAGGACAUCUUUUGAACAGCAUCUACCCACUUUACUGGAGAACAAGGGAGCCCAUUUACCUAAGAGCACAGGACCACCAUUUCGAGUUAGAGAAGACCAAUCCUAUUAUGAAUCAGAGCCUACUGACUUGUGGAAAGGUGGUAUGGCCAGUCCUCAUCAAACCUCCUUUCCACGUAGAUUGGCCGGUUCGGAUUUUCUGAGUCCUUCUCCUCCUCCAAAAGCAUCGUCUGUAAUGGACAUGGAGAAAGCCAAUAUUGGCCAUCGCAGCCUUGCCGAUCACUUUGGUGCUUCUUGCCUUGAUAAUGCCAUCAUGACUCCGGAUAGACUUUCUGAAGGCCUUGUCAAGUGCAUAUCUGCUAUAUAUUGCAAGCUUGCCAACCCUUCUUCGACUCAUACAGGCUUUUCAGCUUCUUCCACUUCAUCCUUGUCCUCCUCAAAUACAUUUUCUCCAAGAAAUCUUUCUGGUAGUUGGAGUCCACAUUUCACUGGGGAAGCUACCGGGAAUGUACCACUUGAAGGGUUCAAAGAGGAUACCAGACAACGUGCUACAAUGAUAGAAGUUUCAAAGAUAUCUUUAGAUGAUGAUAGUUUCAAUUAUGCUGCUAUAAUGCUACAAAAAUUCAGGUCAUUGGUCAAAAGGCUAGAGAAGGUUGACCCAGGGAAGAUGAAACGUGAAGAGAAGCUUGCGUUUUGGAUAAACAUUCACAAUGCCUUGUUUAUGCAUGCAUAUCUAGCAUAUGGAACUCAUAAUCAUGUAAGAGGUACUUCCAUACUGAAGGCAGCUUAUAAUGUGGGUGGACAUUACGUAAAUGCUUGUAUCAUUCAACGCUCAAUUUUAGGGAUUCGGUUACACUAUUCGCUGCCGCGGCUGCAAACUUUGUUGUCUCCAGGAAAGAAGUUUAAGAUGGGAAGCACCAAGCAUGUUUAUGCCAUAGAAUACCCAGAGCCACUUGUUCAUUUUGCCCUUUGUUCAGGGGAAUUCUCUGACCCUUCGGUUCGAGUCUACAAGGCAAAAAGCGUGUUUCAAGAUCUGAAACUUGCCAAAGAAGAGUUUGUGCAAGCUAGCAUCUAUAUCCACAAGGAAACAAAAAUAUUGCUUCCAAAAAUCCUUGACUACUUUGCCAAGGAUAUGUCUCUGGAUGUGCCUGGGUUGUUAAAAGUGGUUAAUGACUGUCUAUCUGAAGUUCAACAGAAGGCUAUCAUAAAAUGCAUCAAAGGUAGAGUUGACAAGUAUGUUCUCUGGUUACCGCAAAGGUCAACCUUUAGGUACUUGAUUCACAGAGAAUUGGUUGAAGGAAUAAUAUCAGGUUGAUUGGCCCUGUUUCUUUGCAAAGCAUAAUUGGAGUUUUUGCAAAUCAUAUAUAGGUAAAAUAAUAGUUUAUGUUUUGUUUUGUUUUGAUCGGCCUAAAUAAUAAUUUAUGUUGUGUAGAGGUCGUAGAAAGUUUGAAGUUAAUUUAUGUUGUUGUUAUGUUGAUGUGCAUAUAGGUUCAUUGAUUCAUUGUAAACAACGCUUUUCUUUGAUUGCCGGUGAGUAAAUAUGUACAGAACGUAUGGAAGGCUGAAACAAACUAAAUAAAAAUCUUCUUCUACUUGGGCUUCA